AGUUGCUUUUUUUAAAGCGCGGAAUUUUCAAAUCUUUCAAAAUUUGUUGGAUUAAUUAAGUCCUUAAUUAGCUUCGUUAUCGAAGACAACAACAACAACAACAAACAGGACACUGAGCAACAUAAUUACUGGUGAGAUGGUGCCGCCAGCAUGGCUGGAAAUGUAUCUCAAUCACCAACUGCUGGAAGUUUAGUGAAAGAGAAAAUAUUUCGAACUGGUUCUUUUAAUGAUGAGACCAUCUGUAGUUCACCGAUUCCUCUUGCUACAUCAACUGCAAAGAAGGAAGUGACAACACAAUCUUGUACGUCUGCCACGAAAUCUUCUCCACAUUCAGAAUCUUCUACAAAAACACAAAAUACAACAACAACUACAAAUGCAACAUUCAAACAUCCUGGGAGUUUCAUCCCCAGGAAAACUGGCAAGAAGCUUGGUAAGACAUCACUGGGGAAUGUCAGUAAGGAAGUUGGUAAGACAUCUUUAGGAAAUGUCAGCCAGAAAGAGAAGACAGAUGACAAAUCUGCUACCAUUAUACCAAAUUUUCCAGCAGUGGAACCUUACAAUAUAUCUGCUUAUUCUGAGAAUUCUAUUCUCUCAAAUGCUUCAUCUCUUGGUCUUAUUCCAGAUGAAUUCCUUCAGAGUGGAAUGGAAUCUCUGUUGAAUCCUCUCAAUCAAACCAAUGUCGAUUCUGCCAAAGAAACGGCCAAUCUCUCUCGGUCUUCCAGAUUGUCUGACAUCGAGUUAGUCCGACGCCAUGCCUUGGGAAAUGUCGACACUGCCCAGAGGAAGCUGUCCGUCGCAGGUAAUGGUCGUUUGGAUGUGACGCAGGCGUUCCUUCAGAUGCACAUGUUAAGUAUGGGCGACAGCUCCAAGCAGCCCCCUGUUGAGUUGAAGGAAGAGGAUCUGCGGAUGCUGGACAGUGAGUUUGAACUUGAAGACCCUGAAGAAGCUCAACCGAUUCUAAAUCUGAUAGAAGACAAUCUCAGGGAGAUAUCUAUGGUGUCUUUAAAGGGUUCUGCAAGUGCAAAGCUUCCACGUGUUGACCUUGGAAAACCAAAAACUGACUUUCUGAGCGCAACCCCAAGAAUUGACAACAGCCUUGAGGAAAUGUCAUAUUGCAGUACAAUUGGCCGGCCAUCUGCUUUCGCUGAUUCCUUUUGUCUUGAGAAGGUUCUCUCUCAGAUGACAGAUAAUGUACCAAUAGGUGGUGCUGGGCAAACUCAGCAAAAUAGUGAAGCUGUAGGACAAGAUAAAUGGGGGCACCAGAUGAACAGCACCCUGAUGUCAUCUGCUGAGAACCCGGAGCCUUUGAAUGUCGAAACCUUCUUGGACGAACCUUUUGAAACUGACCUUGCUUACCGUGCAGAUUUUGAUAACUAUGUGGGAAACAUGAAAGGUUCAGGAUUUGGGUCUGCAUCCGAGGAUUUUGCCUUUGAUUCCGGCACUUCUAAAUUAGAUGCUGAUGAAGCAGAAUUCAAUGGAAGAAAUGAUUGCUCCAAUUACGAUAAAUGCCUAGAAGUACCCCUGGCUACUGAUUUGACCGACUGGAGUUACUGUAGUCAUCUCAGCUUUGUUAACCAAGGAGAAAAAGACCGGAUGUCAGUUGGCACCUAUAUGAGAAUAGGCUCUGAAACUCUGCCAAAUUCUUUUCUGUACAACCAAUCCUUGUCAACCGCUACUUCACCUGCCUUGGAGAAUUUGGCAGAUGUGGGAACCAGAACAUCAUCUGUGCAGCUGCAAGAUAUCCAACACCCUAUGCACAUGUCAGUAAAGAAGAAUAAGGAUCUGGAGGCGGCAAAUCCUGAGCAGAAUCCUACAGUAUCGUUUUGUGAACAGUUGCAAAUACCGGACGAGAAACAGGAGGGUAAUAAUAAUAAUAAUAGCGACACAUUGCAGAGUGAUGGUUGUCAAGACAACAAUCUCACCUUGGUUUCACAGUCUUUGGUUAGUAACAGUUUAAUCUCAGAUAUGCUCGAUGGAGUGAGCUUGUCCCUGCCCUGUAAAGAAAUAGCAUCUAGAUUUGAAUCCGAAGUUAACCACAGGUGCAGGUCAAGAGGAAGUGUUCAGAAAAAGGAAUCCUCCCAUCAGGUUGAUGCCAAAUACUGCAAAACGGCAACAUCACAGAGUGACACUUCUCCAAGAGUUACUGGUGGUCUGGAGUUGCACAACCCCACACAACAGCUUCACAUCAACGCCACACAGGGUUUGAACCCCUCUCAAAAAGCUUUGCAUAGUUUCAGUGAUGAGGCUCCGUUUACAGAACUUUCUGUGUCUUUAUCAAGUGCAGACACAUUGAGGGACCCAUCGUUACUGGAACCGAGUUCUUUACGUACACAGAACGGUUCGUUAUCAUCGGCACCAAUUUCUGGACGCACGCAGAAAGCUCCGUUAUCGUUGACACCAAGUCUCAGAGAUGCUCAGAAAGUCACCUCUUUGUCAGCGCCGACAUCUACAUACCCUCGGAAAGUUCUAUUUUCGUCAGCACCAAGUUCUAUAGACACUCAGAAAAUUCCGUUGUCGUUGGCACCACGUUCUAUAGACCCUCUAAAAGUUCCUUCUGUGUCGGCGCCAACUUCUAUAUUACAUACUGCAUCAUCAAUGUCAAGUUCAACUCCUUCUUUGACACUAACAGCACCCACAGCUCCUCGUGAUCUGAGAACUAAACUCUCUUCCGAGACACCUGUAAAUAUCUCCAGAGGUGUAUUUUCUCCAGGUACAUCUAUUACUCACUCUAUGCAAACUGUGCCUUCCCGGGUACCUGCUCCUAGUUUCAUACAGAGUAGAUCUUCUCCCAGUGCAGUUUCUACCCACUCUAUACAAACUAUUCCCUCCUCAGGAGUAUUUAAUCUUGACAUGAUGGGUGGUGUACCUUCUCGAGAAAGACCGGCUCUGUCAGCUACCUCUGUUUCUACUACCAGUGCUGCCAGUAAACUUCAGAGAACAGUACAUUCCGCACCUGCUGUAUCAUCAAAAAACCCCGAAUAUGCGUCUUCUCCGUUAUCUGACUCCCAUCGCCCACAGGUCAGCAGUGACCUACAACACCAAGAUGAGUUUGUUCGACCACAUCUUGUACACUCUCUUGACUCCUUGAGGGCGAAAGCUUUGGCUACUAAUGAGAAUGUUUACGUUCCUCAAUCUAGACUGUCGAUGAGAUCCGGAAUUGGUACUGGUGAAGAUAACUUGCAGCGUCAGUUAAGUUUCAAGUCCGAAACAAACCUUACCUCUUCCACUAAAAUUAAACCAGAAGCCACCAAAAUCUCUAUGGCUGGUGUCGGACCAUAUUGCGAAAAUAAGAAAUUCAGUGAUGAUACUAUGCACCCAAGUAGGAAGCUGGAAGGGCCACCUAAUGAGGGCUGUUCAGUGCAGCAUGCUAACAAGACGAAGCAGAACUUCAUUGGUGAAGGCACUGACGAAUCAAAACUUUGGAAAACGAUCAUUGAGGAACCUCUCGAACAGACUCAGUUGAAUCCAUUCAUGUCCAUGCUGACUGCUAGCGAACCACUUCCUAAAGAUCAGCUUGGCCACACCGGAAACUGCAGUUCUGUUUUGGCAGACCCCAAUCUAGCAGCAUGCAAAUCCGUUCUGGACGUGUCCUCACUGGCCAAAUUCUCAGACUGCUGUAUCGGUAUAGCUGAGAAGAGUUCAAUAGCUAUCCGAAACCUGAGUAACCACUGGGUGGAGUGUAACGUUGAAUUGAUUCAUAUCUUAGUGAAUGGACUAGAGAUGAGCACCACUGAUUACUGCCCGUUUCUAUUGAAAUCUAAACUUGCACUAGGUCCGUCAGAAGUCAAAGAAUAUGAGGUAAUCUUUUUCCCACAAGAACCUGGUUCCUACAUCGCUAAAGUCAAAGUGGAAUCCUUCACGCAAACUGCAUCAAGUAAACAUAAGAAUGAGACAGCCGUGCCCUUAGCGCACUUUGUAAAGCUGGUUGCUGUUGCGGACUCUCCCAGAUUGCAUAUUGAACCAAAGUCUUUGGAAUUUGGUAAGCAGAGUUGGGGCACAAGUAAGAGUUUACCAGUGAGGUUGGCCAAUAAGAGCAAUGCCAAACUACCUCUUAGAUUGGUUAUAUCGUCUCAAGGUGUGUUUCGUUGGGAUCAUUAUUCCGUAGAGGAGAACGUGAGAGAAGAAUGCAACUAUGCAGUGAGCAACAAAACUAUAUGUAGUCUGGCCCUUCCUGGCUCUCAGGCUGGCUGUAUGCUUAAUAUGUUGAGCCUUCAAGUAUUUUGUGACCUUGCCAAAAACUCUGCCCUUAAAGAUAACACUAAGUCUGCCUCCCUUGUCGGACUUGUUGAAAUACAGUUGGACGUACCCAAUUCUCUGCCACCCCUGGCUGUUAUUCACCUCAGUGUUAUUGCUGGCAUCUACAACUUACAGAUCAUCAACGGAGUUGAUUUAAUUAAAAUGGAGACUUCUUUAAUGAAGCCCCACACACACAAAGUGACCCUAUUAAAUUCCGGCACCUUUGAUUUCAACGUGAUGCUGUACAUCAACAACAGUGAAAACGUGUUCAGCUUGGACAGCAAUCAGAAAAGCAUCUCGGUCGGUCAAGUGGCCAGUGUUGAUGUUACCUUUCACCCGAUCGAUGAAUCUGUCCAAUUUUACAACAUGGAACUGGUCAUCUAUUUACUACCAUCAGGACCAGCUUAUGGAGUUCCAAUCCAAGGAGAGGUAGUGACAAGUUCUCAGUUAAAACCAAAGAUUGUUUCAAAUGCCUCAGAUCUCAACUUUGGUGGAGUGGCACUGGGAAACAAAAAGGAAAUUUCUUUGAAUUUAAAAAAUGGCUCCAACGUAACUGCCAGGUUGAAAUUAUAUAUCAACUCUGAUCUGAAUUCAUUCAAGUUUUGUGUAAUGAAAUCUCAUACCUUAUUGUCAGAGUCAAAGAGUAUUGUGAUUCCACCCAAUGAAAUCUACCCGAUCACUGUUGUCUUCUCCCCAACGCAGCCGUGUUAUGUCCACGGCAAGAUUAACAUUUACGUGUCUUCUGGCAAUUCAUGCAAACUUAUUAUACCUUUGUUUGGCUACGGUGCCAAAAGUGAUAUACGGCUUGUAGAACCCUGUUCUGGUAUACUGGAGCUGGAACAAGCAACUGCACCCUUUGUACAAAAGACUUUUACUAUUCAGAACGUUGGCUUCCGUGAUGGUUUCUUCUGUGUCAAAGUCUUCCAUGAUGCUGAGGAAAAAACUCUUGUUGAAACUGAAAAUAUUUCUGUCAAACCUGAAAAUGGUAUUCUGAAGCCCAAUGGAAAACAGGAUGUAACUUUGACAUGUGACCAGGCAGCCUUAUCAAGUUUACCUCUCUACGUCUCUAUCUACCAUGGUGACGAAGUCGCUCGGCAACAGAUGAAACGGAUUGUGACAAAACUCGGAAGCAGUAAACAGAACUCAAAAUAUUGUGUGUGGUUCAAUACAUCAUUUGCUGAUGAAGAUAAAGGAGCAGUGAUUAAAGAUUAUCUUAAUCAUUGUGGCGAGAGCAGUCUUUCUGUGUUUUUUGGACAUUUGUCUACCAUCAAUUUCACAGUUCAACUAUCCACGUACAGCAAUGAUGUUAUAACGAACAAGUGGAACCAUAGCAGACAUUAUCUUCAAAGUCCGGUUUCUGAGAACAACGAACAAAAUACAAUCCUACUUUCACCCUCUAUCAUGGACGACGUCGGAAAAACAUCGAGCGUAUCCGGAUACUCUUCCUAUUUGCACGACAAGUCACUCACUUCGGACGUGACUCUCAACGCUAACCCUGUCACCUCUGACGUUGCCCCGGGUGACAUCCUAUCAGUGUCUUCAUAUACUUCAACUAUGCUGCAGACUCCAACUAAUGAAAAGACUUCAUCACCCCGGAAGAAGUGGGACCUUCAGCCAUCACAGUUGGUGCUCCAUUGCAACGAUCCUCAGCCAUUUUAUAUCAUCAAUUUUUCUGGAACAUCAAAGAGGUUUCAGCUGCGUUGGCCCCUUGAUAAAUUAAAUGUCAGCAAGAAUCAAGUUGAUGUCGGACCCCAUAAAGUAGAAACCGUCCAUGUCUCCUGUACUGAAGCCCCUGGUGUUGAAGGAAUCUACAUUUAUGUGACAACAGCAGAUGAAGUUUUACGACUUCAUGUCUUACCAAACCCCGUCGUUCCUAAAACUAGUCCUGGUCGACCACCACUGCAGGCACUAACCCUGAAUGUCCCAGACGACCGAGCAAAUCUAGGUUCGACCAAGCUGAGUAGCAAACACUCUGUGAUUACGAAAUCUUACAGUUCAACCAAUCUGACGUCUAAGAAUCCUGCAACCUCCAAGCCGGUCACUUCAGCCAAACUGUCUGCCGACCAUCCUGCGACCUCUAAGUCUGUCAGUACAACCAAACUUAGUGCUGAACGCCCUAUCAUCUCCAAAUCUGUCUCUUCAACGAAGCUGUCUGCUGGUUCUGCGACCUCUAAGUCUGUUAGUUUGACCAGGCUGAGUUCUGAAUGUCUGUUGACUGCCAAAUCUAGCAGUUCUUCAACCAAGCUGCAUGUUGAGAGUACCGUUUCCUCCAGCUCUAUGACCUCAACCAAUCUUAGUGCCGAAUAUCCCAAGACCCUCAAUUCUCACGGUUCAGCUUUCCAGAAAGACAAAGUGACUCUGCAUCGGUCUGGCAUUGAAGUGGGAACAGGAUUACAUCCCUAUUCUUGUGAUGUUGCUAAAAUGUCGCCCCAACUUAACGUUUCUCUCACUGAGAACAAUAUCGCAUUUCAUCUGGAGGAAAGCUCCAAACUGGCUUGUAAUUAUUUGGAAAUCACCAACAACGGUCAACAGACAGUACAGUGGAGCCUCGAUAACCAAAUGGAAUUUCCUUGUUUUUCAAAUAAUGAAGGCAAGACGACUGUGAUGAGAUCAUAUGAUAUGUUCAAAAUAUUUGAAUUGUCAGGGUUACUAUUCAGUGGACAGACCUACCAAGUCCCAAUAAUAUUUUACCCACAAGUGUUUCUGGAUUGUACUUUUGUCUGUCACCAAAACUGUCUCCUCAAAUUCACCUCCACCUCUGAUGAUACUUGCUUAACUCACCCAUUCACACUCCAGGCUUUUCUCGACAACGAUGUCCUCAAUCCAAAGAUCGCCUCUUCAACUGCAGAAAUGUUCAUGCCGUCAUUGAAUAACACCAACUCGAGUUUGGAGGUGAAGUCAAAUGUUAUGGCAUUUUAUCCCUGCCAUCUGGGUGAAACACUAAAAACAAAAGUUAUUAUCAAGAACCGCAGCCAGCAAUCUAUAAAGGUUGCUAUAUCUGACGAAGAUAGUGAUUCUCCUUUCUCUGCCAAUGUGAAAUCAUUUACCAUUAACUCGAAAAAGCUCGUGAAGCUGCCCGUCUAUUUUACACCAACGUGUCAAGGGUUCGUACAAAGACGAAUGGUCUUCUCUUCGGGCACUGAAUCCCUGGCUUUGCUGUUGUUUGGGGUCGGCGUGGGAACACUAUCAAUGUCGACAACAACAGCAAUAACAACAACAACAGCAUAGAACGGUGGCUGCUGUUGCAACGACACUGCCCUAGUAACUGCACUGCUCCAGCUGGUGCAGCUAUUUUCAUCUGCUUUAAACAAUAAAGGUCACAACAACAACAACAACAUCAACAACAGCUGCUGCUGUUGCAAUAACAGGAAAAGAAAGAAAAAAAACAUUGAACAAAACAAAGAAAAUUCAAAGAA